ACACGUCGCUGGUUGCAAUCAGUUUAGCUUCUCCAUAAAACCUCGGUUAAACCCUCGAAGUUGCAUAGUAGAGAGAGAUGUUUGGAAGGGGAACUGUGAGGUCAGUGUUGAGGCGCGGCAAAGAAGCAUGUGCCAUUCACAAGCUCAGAGGGACAAAACCUUUCUAUCAUUCUUCCACUUCGCAAUCCUUCAAGCUUUUAACCCCUCCCAUCGCCACCCAUUACUUCCAUGCUUUCCGAUCCCAUCUUAUUCCCAAGGGUCAUCAUGUGUCACACACGAGGAACUUUGCUAGGAUGGUGUCUACCGGAGCUGAACAUAAGGAGGGGUUGAAGCUGCUUGUGAGUGGGGGUUCUCAUGCCAAAAAAGUUGUUGGAAUAUGGCUCUUCGGCUCUGCUGCAUGGGUGUUUAGCAUGGUGGUGCUUGGGGGUUUAACCAGACUCACGCGAUCUGGUCUUUCAAUGACUGAUUGGAAAUUCACGGGUACUCUCCCUCCUUUAUCAGAUGAGGAAUGGUUGCAAGAGUUUGAGAAAUAUAAGCAGUCACCUGAAUAUAAGCGUGUUAACAGAGGGAUGAAAAUUGAAGAAUUCAAAUUCAUAUAUUGGAUGGAAUAUGCACAUCGUAUGUGGGGAAGGGCACUAGGAGUUAUGUUUGCUUUGCCCUAUUCAUAUUUUCUUCAUAAAGGGUAUAUUACCUUGAGAUUGGGACUGAGACUCUCUGCUCUGUUUGCCCUGGGUGCUGGCCAGGGUCUCAUUGGCUGGUGGAUGGUUAAAAGUGGUUUAGAGGAACCACCAUCUGAAUAUUCUCAGCCAAGGGUAAGCCCUUAUCGCCUUGCAGCUCACCUUACAUCAGCAUUUGCUAUUUACUGUGGCCUCUUUUGGACUGCGCUUUCUGUUGUUAUGCCUGAACCACCUGCCGAUUCGCUUACAUGGGUUCGUGGAGCAGCUAAAGUGAGGAGACUUGCAUUGCCUGUCGGCCUACUUGUUGGUCUUACUGCUGUCUCUGGUGCAUUUGUCGCUGGAAAUGAUGCUGGACAUGCAUUUAAUACCUUUCCAAAGAUGGGUGAUACGUGGAUACCAGAAGACAUUUUUGAAAUGAAGCCUCUGAUUCGAAAUUUCUUUGAAAAUCCAUCAACUGUUCAGUUUGAUCACCGUAUCCUUGCAACUGCAACGCUGUUUGCAGUAGGUGCUUUAUGGUGGUCAACAAAAAAGCUGGACAUACAUCCUGCAGUAAGAUCUGUGAUUGGAGGUGCCGUUGGCAUGGCUGCUCUUCAGGUCACCUUGGGAAUUUCAACGCUUCUUUCGUAUGUACCUGUUUCAUUGGGCACUGCACAUCAAGCUGGAGCCUUAACUCUUUUGACGUUUAUGAUGCUUCUUAAUCACACGGUUCGAAGGCCGUCUUUGUCCCUUCUCAAAUCUCUUCCUCAAGUUGUCAAAGCACACUAGUUGUUUCCCAGUAUUGCAACAAGAAUUAGCCUUUUUAAGUUGAAAUGAGCUGUGACUAUUAAUUUUUUCCAUGACAAGUUUGGCAUUGAGCUCCUUAUCCAAUUUCCAUUGUUGGAAUUGUCUUUAUUUGGUUUGUACAUUUGAAGCCUGAAAAUUCAUGACGACGUAACUGAUCGGUUAAUUAUUAUGUCUUCAAUCAUUUAUGUAAGUAUGCUGAAAAUCGGCUCAGAAAAUCAUUAUGUAAACUAAAUACAACUUAAAGUGGAAGAAUCCAUGGCCUUCCAUCUUUUGAUAAUGGCUUUUCCUUCACUUAAAUAUCCUUAUUACAAAUAUCAUUAUUCUCAAAUCUGGUUG